AUGGUGGCCACCAUCUUCAAGAGGGCGGUGGAGCCCCUCGAGAGGGUGAAGCUGUUGCUGCAGUUUCAUGGGCUUGGUGACUGUAUUAUUCAAAUUGCAAAGACUGACGGACUUCCUGGCCUGUACCAGGGAUUUGUUGUUUCAGAACAGGGAAUCUACAGAGCCUCCUCUUUUGGAUGUUACGACACCAUUAAGGGAUUAUUUCCAAAUCCAAAGCAAACUCCAUUCAUUCUUUGCUUUUUUGUUGCUCAAGUUGGGACUACGUUCUCAGGAAUGCUGUCUUACCCUUCUGACAAUGUCAGGAGAGGCAUGAUGAUGCAGAGAGGGGAGACUGAAUGUCAAUAUAGAGGAGCCGUUGGCUGCUUUAUGAAAAUGUAUGAGCAAGAGGGGCUUAAUGCUUUCUUCCAUGGAGCAUUCUCCAACAUCUGCCGUCGAAGAAGAGGAGCCUUAGUGCUAGUUCUUUAUGGCAAAAUUAAGGACAUUUUUGAUCUCAAUGUUUCAGAGAGUUCAGGAUCUGAUUAA